UGCACUGUGAGCAUCAUCGAUGAUGGUGCACAGCUAGUUUGGUCUACAUUUUGUUGGUACCUAAAUGAGUCUAUAUUUUAUUAGUACGCAAGUGAUCAUGCCACAAUUGGCAUUUUCUUAUGAGUACGUUUUUGGAAAAGCGAUGGCAACGUGUAACACAGAGGUAUUCCAAUACCCAUGAACCUAUUGUAAUCAGUGCAGAUAGAAAUGCAGUUGCUACUCUGCCUCCCAUAUCAGAAGUUAAAUGUUAAUUCAAAUUAGCUUUCUCAAUGCUCAUACACGAAAAUAGGAUUGGUGAACUCCACAUCAGAAAGCACCUCCAGGACAUUUCGUCAGUGUGCAGAUGCUGUCUAGUUUGCUAAUCUUUUGUCUCAUAUGAAGUGCUUAAAUGAUUGAGCACUACUGCAUUGUAAAAAUUUAUGGCUUAGGAUGAUAAGGUGUUGUUUAGGUUUCAAUUGUCAAGCUGAGCUCCACAAGCAUUGUCAUGAAUAAAAGUUACACCUUCCACAUACUACGUCAGGUGCUCUUUUUGGCUUUCUGUCAUGUCAUGUUUUCACUAUCUUGCCAUCUUUGUAUAAUGGCUAAACAGUUCUUUUUUCUCUAUUGAAAUUCCAGUAUUAUGUUUAGUCUUACCAUGUUGUGCUAGUUUCCUGUUCAUAUAGGCAUGAUCAGUUAAUAAUGGUGUGUGGCUCUAGGCACUAUAUUGAAGUCGGUAUGGUGCUUUGUCUUCGACAUUUUCUGAACUUUGCAGCUAAUUACAUUCAUCUAACUUGAAUUAUUCCUACUCAUCAACGAAAAUUUCCACAUAAGAUUUCAUUUCUUUUUUACACCCUGUUCUUAAUACUUCUCCAUAUCCAUAUUAGUCCUGGAUUCGUUAUCCUCUAACGGCACUAAUGCCUGGACUUAUAUACUCAUAAGUCAUAAUUCAUAAAAUAAAUAUGUUGAUUUGUGGAGGCUGCACUACUAGUCCUCACGCUUUUCCUUCCCAUUUGUGGAGUUACCACUAAUAAAAGAAGGGGCAACAAUAUUAGGUCUCAUCUGUCUUUGCUCAGAAUAUCCCAUAUAUGUAAACUUUUGAAGGAGCUGAGUGAGGCUUCUUGGUGUUCACCGUUUCUCAUGGAUUCAGAAGUGAAGUCGGCAGCCCUGAGCAAGCCAUGUGUUCUCAUUAUAGUGGUGGCUGGUGUGGAGAGAUUUGUUUACAAGGGGAUAGCCUCAAAUAUUGUGACUUUCCUUACUGAUGUUGUAAAGAUGAGCACAUCCUCCGCUGCAAAGAUUGUUAGCACAUGGAAUGGAGUCACGUCCAUGCUUCCACUAGCUAGUGCCAUUCUUGCUGAUUCUUUCUGGGAUCGUUAUUCUACCAUAACUGUUUCAUCGUUGCUUUACAUAGCGGGCCUAGUAGGUUUAACCUCAUGGGCAGUGCUGCACUCAUGGAUGCCAUCUUCUUUGUUGUUUUUGCCACUGUACUUGAUCUCAGUUGGGCAGGGUGGAUACAACCCUUCGUUGCAGGCAUUUGGAGCUGACCAAUUACUGAUCGAAGAUGACAUGGAAUCUCUGCCAGCUGAACAAAAGAACCAGAUGAAGAGCCUGUUCUUCCAGUGGUGGUAUUUUGGUAUAUGCAGUGGUAGCCUCUUGGGGAACUCCAUCAUGUCAUACAUCCAAGACACGUUUGGUUGGGGGCUCGGAUUUGCUAUUCCUUGCGGCGUCAUGAUCUUAUCUGUCGUCGCAUUCUGUUGCGGAACUCCUCUGUAUAUGUACAUGGAACGGAAUACUGGCAACAAACCUUCAGAUAGCAUUUUCAGAGUACUGAAAGAAAUUGUUACACAUGUCAUUACUCGGAAGGUCCGUUUACAGACUAGAGAUGAUGAUCCUGACAUUUCGGAGCUAGAGUUAGAAGAGAAGGCACUUAAAGAUGAGUUCACUGAUCACAGAGAGGCAGAAGAUGGCCAUGACACUGCACCUGAUGUCAGUGUCACUAAGGCUAUCCUGAGGCUCCUGCCGAUCUGGACAACACUGCUGAUCUUCGCUGUCAUUUUUCAGCAGCCAAUGACGUUCUUCACCGAGCAAGGGAUACUGAUAAACCACAAGGUCGGCAGCACCUUCGUGAUUCCUCCAGCAAUGCUCCAGAGCUCGACGACGAUGUCGGUGAUACUGCUCAUGCCGCUGUACGACAAGAUAUUCAUCCCUCUGAUGCGCAUGUUCACCCGGGAGGAGAAGGGGAUUACCGUGCUCCAGCGGAUCGGCAUCGGCAUGGUCCUCUCAGUCGUGGCCAUGGUCACCGCCUCCAUUGUCGAAUCAAAGCGGCUCCAUUUCGUCAGCGAAGGAGAUGGCACCACUCAUCAGCUGAGCAUAUUCUGGCUGCUCCCACAAUACAUUCUACUGGGAGUAGCUGAUGUGUUCACGGUCGUCGGAAUGCAGGAGUUCUUCUACACGCAGGUCCCUAACACAAUGAGGACCAUCGGCAUCGCGCUCUACGUCAGCGUCUUUGGCUUCGGAAACUUCCUCGGUGCCUUUCUGAUCGAGGUCCUCAAGACGACAACGGCGAGGAUGGGAGAGGGACACGGCUGGUUCUCCGAUGAUCCGCGGCAAGAGCACCUGGACAAGUACUACUGGUUUCUGGCUUUUGUCGGCACCGUCAGCUUUGUGUUCUUCACGUAUCUCUGCAAGUACUACAAUGAACCGGAGGCACAUGGGAGAUAGGCGCAUAGAGUCGCUAGUUGCCGGCAUGUGUGCCAACGGUUAACGAUGUCCAAUCAACUAUCUUGGCAAUUAUUCGCUCUAAUUUUUGUUGUUGUUGUGCAAUUUGUACUGAUGCUUUCCAGUUUACGACAUAUGAAUCCAGGGUCACCUGGGUGU